GUGUCAUUUUGUGGCUUAGCCUUAGCAUAUACUAAUAAAUGAUAUUUAUCAUACUGCAGUGUUGAUUAUGUCUACCAUAUAGUAACAAAAAACUAGAUCUUGACUUUAGGACGCACUCUUGUUGAAGAUCUGAGCGCAAUAGUGAAAUGACCGAUGCGUUCGAAAAUAACUACACUUUGGGAGUAACGGAUGCUGAUUCACAAUGCUCGGGACCAACUUCAUACGAAUCAAACAUCGUCAUCACUGUUUUUGUUGCCUUUCUCCUCAUACUUGGGGUCGUUGGAAACGUGAUUACUCUCUGUGUCAUUAUGAAGAACAAAAAUCUAAGAACAAAUUUCAACAGAUUUCUCAUGAGUUUGUGCGCGUCAGAUUUAGUUUCUGCCUGCAUUUGUUCGCCAUUGUGGUUGUACAGAAGGACAUGGGGAUUUAGCGAAUGGAAUUUAGGUCCUGCCAUGUGUAAAUUUUAUUGGGUUUCUGAUUUCGCAACUGAUUUCACAACGUCGCUUCACAUACUAUCAUUCUGUCUGCUCCGAUUUUUUGCAAUAUCAUUCCCAUUCACCGCACCAACAACUAGAUUCAAAAGCAAUAAAUUUCGAUUGUACAUUGCAUCGUUAUGGUUUUUAUCUCUUUUGCUUGCUGCUCCUCACGCCUAUUUUAUGGAUGUCAGGCAGAAUGAAGGUACAGGCAGUGACAAGUGGCCUUCUUGUUCAAUAGACAAAGACAAGAAACAUCAAUAUCAUAUUUACAGUGUUGUUGUCUAUUCAUUAUUCUUCUACGUUCCUGCAGUUCUAAUCAUCAUUCUGUCGUUUAUUACUACAAGGAAUUUACUGAAAAUGACUCAGAGCGCUGCACUAUCUCGUGUUAACGAUGCCGCCCGAGCAUCUCGUAUUCGACGACGAAACAAGGCAGCUUGCUUGCAGCUUCGACUCAUUUGCGCCUCCUUUACAUUCGGAUACGUUUUAGUUGCGGCAUAUUUAAUAUGGACUUCUGCUAAUGAACCUGACCCAACAGAUUGUCGAUUAAUGACAGUGGAUUAUUGGUUUGGUGUGACGUCGUAUUUACUGCUCCGGAUUUCAGAGUGUGUAAAUCCGGUUAUGUACAAUUUAGGGUGCUCCGAAAUGAGAGCGUCUACAUUUGACUUUGUUAAGCAUUCCGUUUUCAGGAGAGCUUCUCGUGUAGCACGAGCACACAGUCAACAAAGAGAAAGAAUAUUUACAAUUUUUCAUUCCAGAUCUGGGGCUCCACCAGAAGACUAUAUUGAAGAAUAAUUUCAUAUAUAACUCCCUCAUUACUCGACAUAUUUCAAUGCAAUGUUUAUUCAAUCAAAAACAAAAGAAAUCAAAUCAAAAAUCUACACUCUACAUCUACACUUCUUUGUGUUACUGGCGCGAAUAGAGUACAUACAUUUUUAAUAUUAUGGUGUAUUUCUAUGCCGGAUAUCUUUUUAUUUUAUUUUUCAUUUUUUACAAGUUUUUUUUAUUGAAUCCGUUAAAAUUCUGAACCAUUCGCACUACAGGAAAAUUGGAAAACAUGCUUCAAACGGGAGAUUCAAAAAAGUAUUAAAAUGGUGAU